AUGGUGAUAGAAGCUCCCUCAACCAAGGUGUUCCUCCAAUUUGUUUUUGUUAUCAAACUCAACUUGUUUGCUCGUCUGUGUGAACAUAUUGGCAACGGUUGAUAUGCUUAAGGGUUAGAGAUUGGCUAAACAUUGUUUGAGCGAUUUCAGCUCACAUGCAGGUGAAGUCGGGUUGCAAGGUAGCUAACUUAAAGCUACAGUAGAAGGUUAGAGCCACUCAAUCACAAUGAAACCAGUGUCGUGGUGCUGAAGUUCGCUUGCUUGUUAUGUAAAAGUUUUUGUGGACGAAUAUUUGAUGGUAAACGUUUUCGUCUGAAAAUAAUCAUGUAAAAUGAGAAUGUCUGGCAGCGGAUACUGGACUUCGGAAAGAAUAAAAAGUCAAGGACGCCUGCCUUUACGUUGUUAAGUGGUGAGAGUUUUAUUGACAGGAGGCGUGGCGUUUUCAAGGCGUGGACACAAAAAGAUGGUUAAACACAGCGCGGGAUCCCAUCGCUCUUCUGUGUCCAGGACCAGUGGUGGGUCCCAGAUCUCUGGCCUCAAAGACCUCACCCUCCUGGAUAGAACCAACCAGGAGUCAGAGGAGAACCCAGUCCUUCCCACACCUGUGGAGGGCCAGUGGGGAUUCCUAGACAGUGUCUACCUGCUGGCCGCGGCUAUUUUCCAGAACACUCACCAGGAGAAGCCAGCGGCCCACCGAUUGGUCAGUUUUGGCAAGAAGUCUGGGCUUCCUGUGCCAGGGGCAAAAGAUGAAGUGACCCAGCGUAGUGCCUAUGAGCUCGCCUUCAAUGCACUCAAAUAUCAAGAACUGUUGGAGGACAUCAUGAUUGACAGCUGCUUCUACUUCUCUCAGCCAAUGCCGGACGACCAGAUGAGCCUGGUGGCCGUGAUGCUCUACGACUUCCAGGACAGGAAGUUCUUCCCGCGGGAGUGCCCGGGGGAGGAGUUUAUACAGGAAGUUCGAGACACAGAGAGCUGUCUUCUCAGGUUCAAGACCAAGCUGGCAGCCUCCCUGGCACGGUGCAGGAUCAAGCACGACCUGCUGACCAUCGACUGCAUCCUGCCUGAGAACGUGAGGAGGAAGCAGCAGAGAGCCAGCAGCCUGCCCCUCUACGCCUGGGUCAACACACUCAGGAGCAGCCUUGACGAGGUGUGCAGGGUCCUGAAGCAAGAGGGCUUCUCCCAGGUGACUUCCGUCAGGCAGCUGGAGGGGCAGACCUUCUGCCGGGACCCCCACUGCGACGACAUGCUGGUGUUCCCUGCCCCGGUUAAAGCUGACCUGUACCGCACCAGGCUGCUCAGCCAAUACAAGCUCAUCAUCCAGGACAAGUCGUGCUGUGUGGGCCCCUACGUGGUGCGGCCCCUGUUGGCCCCCGAGGGGGACGUCCUGGUGGCGGGCUGCUCGUCGGGCCUCACCGUGGCCCACACCGCCUCCCUGCUGGGCCCUAGCCACGCCCCCCGCAGCAGCAAGUCCAGAGUGUCCGUCUGCGUGGGCGAGCGCCCCCCCGAGCAGAGGGAGGAGCUACAGGAGACGCUCGCCAACGUGGGCUGCAAGAAUGUGAAGCUGAUCCCGGAGAGCUUCCUGUCUGUGGAGCCGGCUGAUCCCAGGCUCCAGAGGGUCCGGCUCAUCCUGCUGUUCCCCCAGUGCUCUGUGUCUGCGCUCAGCAACCCUGUAGACUUCAUACUGCAGGAGAAUGGAGACACAGACCUACUCCAAGACCUAUCCCAGGGGGCCAUAGCCCAGACUAAGCUGGAUGCACUGGUGGCACAACAGAAGAAGAGCAUCGAUCAUGCCCUGAAGUUCUCUAAGGUGCAGGUGGUGGUAUAUUCCACCUGCUCCUCCUACCCAGAGGAGAACGAGGGAGUGUUAGCGAGAGCUCUGGAGCAGAACAGGCCAUCACCAGACCAGGAGCUGAAAGAACAGCCCUUCAGGCCCGACUCCUCCCUGCUCGUGUCUGCUCUCCGUGGCGAGGCGGGGGGGGAGUGGGCUGCAGAUGGACCCUUCUUCCGACUGGAGCCCUCGGAGCACAGUAACGGCUGUUUCCUGGCUGUGCUCACCAGAGAGCCUGAAGCUCAGGAGCAGGAAUCUGCAGAGGAUGUGCUCGCCAGGGCAGCAGCCACAGGCAUACUGGACGGCAUCAAGACCACCCGGCCAACCAGGAAGGAGAAGCAUGGUCAACCAAACCGCCAGGCUCCUACGGGUCACAUUCGUACACCUCAGACACGCCCACAUGCCACCACCAGCUCCCAAUCCAGGGUCAUGGAGCUCAGGAACCGUGAGACUAAGGGCAGUAGUUCUGCCCCGAUGAUCGGGCCUCGGGGAUUGGCUAAUGCAGGACAGCUGUCGCCACGAGGAAAAGGCAAGCCUCGUCACCAACGCCCUCCCAACACCACCCCCUCGAAUACCAGCUCCUCCAACACCAGCUCCUCCAACACCGCUUCCCACCUGUCCCCAUACGCCACCCUCCAGUCAACCACCAGCCCCUCACGCAAGAGCAUGACUAGCCUCACCAACAUCUCCACCUCCAGCAAACAGCACCGGCCGUCCAAGCCCACUGCCCCCCAGGCCCCCGGUCCUCACCUCUACACCCCCACAGCUGACUCCCCGCCGGCCCAGACGGUGGACCCCGGACAGCCUCAAGGUCGUCAGGAGGUCAUGAGGCCGGUGACCCUGACCCUGCCCCUGGUCCUCUUCCCUAAGUUCUCCUGUCCUAGCAGGCAGGUUGUGCCCCCCCCUCCGGUCUGCCAGAUGAGCAGCCCUGCCACAGCUCACAACCAGUGGAGAGGCCCGGCCUUCCACCUGCCCCUCACCCGCUCCAGUGGAAGCAUCAACAAGGAGGCCUUGGUGAAAAAGACCAGACCCUGGCUCUGAGAGGGUGCCCACAGAGAGCACACACACACACACACACACACACAGUACAUCACAAUCAGACAUACACACACACACAGUACAUCACACACACACACACACACAGAACAUCACACUCAGACAUACACACGAGAACAUUGGCCAAAUACUCUGAAAUACAUCAAACAUUUAAGCACAGUUCAGACAUAUUGUAACACCAAGUAAAUCGCAUACACAAUUUGAUGAAUGAAACACACAGUCCAUAAUUCUGUCAGUAUUUAACUCCAUGAUAGUCUUCCUGUGCAUGUGUCAAAGAAACAAGCUUACCAUAGGCUGAAACUAUUGCUCUAAUGUCAUGUGACUGUAAUUCCCUCACUGAUAGUAGCUUUUUAAUGACCUGAAACAUGACAGCUUGUGAUGAAAAUAAAACCGCCCAUUCAAGAAGCCAUUCCCUUGUUCACGGUAAUGCUUUUUUAUUCUCACAACAGAUCACAUUUACAUGGUGUCAAGAUGAGUGACAAAGAGUAGAUGAAUUACAGAAUUUUCUCACAUACGUGUUGGUGUGUGUUUUUCCUUUUUUUUUUCUUCUUCUUGGACUGGAUUGCAUUCACAGAGUUCAGCUAGAGUGCAUGUGGAUCUGGGUCUCUAGAAGAGAGCGUGGUCUGGUUUCCAGCAGUGUGAGGGCGAGACUGUGUAUCACACUGUGUAUGUGUGUGUGUGUGUGUUGAUGUGUGUGUGUGUGUGGGGGGGGGGGG